CUCAGAAGUAGUUAGUAAAUCCCCGAUCCAGUAUUUCACCAAGUAAAUUUUUAAAUAAAAGCAUUAGCGAGUACCAAAGAAAUCACAUUCAAGUAAAACAGUGAUUGUGAGUAUACAUAGAGAUGUUAAAAGAAUUCAUUUUCUUCGCUGCUCUCGCAGUAAUUACCGUAAAUGCUAUUUAUGAAGAAAGCUUGAUUGAUGAAAAUGAGUACGAUGAAAUUAAUCGUUUAAAACGAUCUCCCGAAACUGAAGAAGAAAAGAGGAAGAGAGAAAGGGGAUGGCACGUUUCACCCGACGUUGGAGGAGAUGGAAAAAACGUACAAGGUGUAAUUGAAACUAAAUACGUAGGAGAGAAACAUGAUUUCAACGCUGGUUGGGGAAAAGUAUUUCAUGGACCAGGAAGGGCGAAGCCUGCGUGGCAUGUAGGAGGAACAUUUCGUUUUAAAAGGGAAACCGAAGAGGAGAAGAGGAAACGAGAACAAGGUUGGCAAGUUAAACCUGAUUUAAGCGGCGAUGGAAGAAAUACUCAAGCCGCUGUGGAUACUGUAUAUAAAGGUGAAAAGCAUGAUUUUAAUGCAGGAGUUAGUCAAAUAGUUCACGGCCCUAAUAGAGCAAGACCCACUUGGCACGUAGGUGGAACAUUUCGUUUCAAAAGAGAAACCGAAGAGGAGAAAAGGAAACGUGAACAAGGUUGGCAAGUUAAACCUGAUUUAAGCGGCGAUGGAAGGAAUACUCAAGCUGCUGUAGAUACUGUAUAUAAAGGUGAAAGACAUGAUUUUAAUGCUGGAGUUAGUCAAAUAGUUCACGGCCCUAAUAGAGCAAGACCUACGUGGCACGUAGGGGGAACCUUCAGGUGGUAAAUAUUAAUACGGUUCAUAUGAGUUAUUUAUAUAUUUAUUUAUUUACAUAUGUAUUUAUAUUUUUUAAUAAAAUAUUUUAAUUUCA